GCUAAUUGUCUGGCCACAGCUGUGACCUCCCCCACAAUUGAUCCGACGACCGCGUCGGCCAGAAGCAGCCUUCCGCAGGCAUGACGGGCUGCGCCGAAGUUUUGGGAAAGGUCGGGCCUCCGGACGCGGAUCUUGGGCGUGCCGGGUUUGGCCGCUGACUGGGCGUCGACUCACUUGUCAGACGGGCGACCUACUUGCCGCACCUUGAUCACCUACUCAUUUUACCUGAUGCACGACUGAGUUUUUUGCCAGGGUCGCUGCCACGGGGGUCAAGACCCGUAGGCAUGGAUGACUGACCAGGCUCUCUGGCGCCGCCAGGCUUCGCGGCAUGUGCUGGCUCCGUCGGCCUGGUUUGCUGCGACGGAGCGUGGGAACAUUACCGUAUUCGAUAGGCCGGUGGGUCUCAGAGUUAGUUGGGCCGAAUGCGGUGGUGGCUCUGGUGGUGGCGUGGGCGUCGGUGCCUCGUACGUGCAUGCUGCAUCAGCGGAGCGCGCGGUCGUGAAGGUGAGAGAGUCGGUGCUGCUGCUGCUCCAUGCGGGGGUGUCUUUCACGCACACAAUCUCGUAGUGUGGGGUUUGCUGAGGCAGGAUAUGCAGCGGGACAGUUGCCGUGUCCGUCCGCGGGGUCUUGGGAGGUGAAGUAACCACGGCGUCUUGCGAUGAGAGGUGCUGUGCGCACACGAGGGGUGUGACAGGCACGUGCGAAGCGGCUGAUUGCGCUUCUUCAGCAUGACUAGCUGCGUCUACUGCGUCCUCAAUGGGAGGCGUGUAGGGUUGUUGCCACGUUGCCACCAGAGGCGGUGCGCCACGUUGUGACCUGUCCCUCAUGUCGGUGCCUUGCAGGGCACAACUUCCGCAAUCAUGCGCCUGCGCCGCUGCCAAGUUGGUGCUGGACAGGGCUGGGAGGAGGCGAAUUGCAUCUAGCGAUAGUUGGACAUGAAAGGAGAGCUCGGUUCCGGACAACUUUGGCGUUUCGUCCGGGGAACGGAACAUGGGUUGGGGUGGCAGCUCCGACACCGUGUCGGCGGUUGGCGGUGCCAGCGGCGUGUCGCAGCAGCUUUGAGCAUGAAAGGUGGAUGACCGGGGACCAACGGUCGGGAGUUUGGCGGCUGUUGUGUUCAGAUCUGGCGUGUGCAGCCCAUCUGACUGGUGAUUCCCCUGACUCCUUGUCAUGUUAACAGGGUGCUUCGCCAAGGCAUCAUUGCAAGCACGCGGCGGCGUACAAGCAAGCCAGGCCGCCGGAGCUGACGGGAGCGCUGUCUGCUGAAGCGGUGGGGUGGGUGCGUGCGUAGGCACAUGCGGCGCCGCUGGCGGCAUCUGCUCCACAGCAGGAUGCGCGGGCUGCUGUGAGGGAAUCCGUUCCAAGUGAAGUACCUGGGGCGUGUCAUCCCGCAUUGCUGAUGGCGGCGGGGAUACGGCCUGCUGCAUGACGUAAACGUGCGUCGGGAAGGUGGCGCUAGGUGCGUCAACCGUACCAUGUGGGCGGCAAGACCUUGAAGAGCAGCUUCGUCCGCCUCAUCGGCGUCGUACAAGCUGAUUUGACGGGAGUAGUCACGGCGGUCGUGACCUCGCCUAUGGUUCGAUUGGUGUUGUGCGCGAGAUUGCGAUGAGUAGCCCUCGUGUCGUGAUGGAUGGCUGCCGUAGUGACGGUACACAUCGUCCUCAGCAUACGAGCGGUGGUGGCAGUCAGUGAAUCGCUGGUCAUCGUAGCGGCCAUGGCGGUGGCUGGGAGACUCCGCAUGCCACCGGCAGUUGCGGCUGGGUGCAGAGAAGCGGUGCAAGCCUUCUUCAACGUAGAUGGCAUCGUGGAUUGCUUCUUCAAGUGUCUUAGGCCUCAGCAAGAACACUUGGUCGUAGAUGUCCGGUUGUAGCCCACGAAGGAAGGAGAAGGUAUGGACGGGGUCAGUGGUUCUGAGCGACAGCUGUGAUGCCAAGUCGCGAAACCUAUCCGCAUAUCCUCGUACGGAUUCACGCCGCCGCUGUUGACAGCGCGCAAGCAGGUUGUAUAACUCCUCCUGAUU